UCAUGAGCUGUCCAAUCUGUCUGGUAGAUUUGUGCAAUCUGUACUUUCCAGUACCUUCUCUUAGUACACGCUCCACUAUAAAACACCCAGAGGGCAGAGGGAGGAGAGGCCAAAGUUGGUGAUAUCCUGCAGCCUGACAGCCAUGAUGAACCUCAUCAAAAUCAAAGGACACAUCGUGCUCUGUGUCCUCGUGGGCCUGCUGGUCUCUGAAGCCUAUUCAGAAACUAUAGAGGAAGAGCUGGCCCAUGUAAAGCUGAGACUACAUUUUAUGAAGAAUCUCUACAAAAAGCUGUGUAACCAGUAUUCCGAAGUGGCAGCCAACUGCUCAGCUCCAGCGGUGAGAUGCAGCGAGUGUCCUGAAGGGUGGUUUCAAGUAGAGAAUCAGUGCUUCAUCCUCAGGUCUGACAAGAUGGACUGGGCUAACAGUCAAAAAAAUUGCACAGACUCAGGCGGACAUCUUGCCAUCUUGACCAACAGAGAAGAGCUUGAUGCUGUGAGAAGAGAAAACAGAAGGAUCGGAGAAGCAGUUUUUAAAAACUACUGGAUUGGACUAACUGACAUUGAGAAUGAAGGACACUGGAAAUGGGUGGACAACUCAACGCUUAAAGUCGCAUUUUGGGACAUGCAAGCAAAGGAGCCAGACAACCACCUGUCCGGCGGGAAGGAGGGAGAGGACUGCGUGGUGGUGGACAGCACCACUGAGACCUGGUUCGACGUUCCCUGUUCCUUCAUGUAUCCCCGAAUCUGUCAGAUGGACGCCACCCCGUUUGAGUGAGCCACCCCUCCUCCCCAUCAGACAACUGCAGGACCGCCAGACAUUUAUGAAAAAUACUGAUGCUUUAUUGAAACUCUUCAUGGUACAUCUUUACAUAAUUCUGUCAAAGGAUCCUGUUUUUAUUUUAAGUAAUAAAGCAUUGUCAUUUGUGCACAAAUAA